CCAGGGAUUUUCAUCACAAUAGCUGGAAUGAAGGCAAAAUGGUCAAAAGGAGAAUCUACUUCCUUAAGGGAGGGCUCAUUUUCUCUAUAAAAUGCAAACUACCCAGAGACUCCACACCAGAUCUGAGAGGCUGAAGAGCUGCGAUUUCUCUGCAUACGAGGCCCAGCAUCCUUCCAAGCAUGUGUUCCCACCAGCAGAAACAGCCAUUUGUCCCUCCCCCUCAGCUGCCACAGGAGCAGACAAAGCAACCCCAACAGCCUCCCCCUCAAGUACCUUUUGUUCCCAUUACCAAGGAGCUAUGCCCACCAAUCGCUCCACAACCUGGAAUCACCAAGAUUUCAGAGCCCUGCUAUACCACAGUUCCUGAGCUGCCAGGAUGCACCAGGGUCACUGCCCCGGGAUACCCCGUGGUCCCUGACUCAGGAUGCACCAUGGUCACGGCCCCAGGAUACACCGUGGUCCCUGACUCAGGAUGCACCAUGGUCACUGCCCCGGGAAACAUUGUGGUCUCUGACUCGGGAUGCACCACAGUCACGGCCCCGGGAUACACCGUGGUCCCUGAGCUGGGAUGUAACAUUGUCCCUCAGCCAGGAUGCACCACGAUCACUGCACCGGGAUACACUACUGUCCCUGAGCCAGGAUGCACCAUGGUCUCUCAGCCUGGAUACCGCAAGGUCCCCGAGCCAUGCCAAUCCAAAGUUCCAGAGCUGUGCCCCUCAGUAGUCACUCCAGACUCCAAUCGACAGAAGACGAAGCAGAAGUAAUGCUGCCCACAGCACAGGAGGUGAAAACCAGCUGCUGAGUUUCCCUGCUCUUCUGCUUCAGUGUCUGCUUACUUGUCUGAAGAUCUUAUAAUCAAUGUGUUCUUACCUUGAGCCAAAGCCUGUCUUAUUUGUGUCCUAAAUGUAGGUGCUAUGAUGCCUUUCCCACACAUAGCCUGAGGAAUCCUCUGAGCCUCUGAGUUAAGCAGAGGGUCUCAGUGCUUUGAUGGUCUGUGAUCCCUCAGAAUUCAUUUGGAUCGGAUGAAACAUAUUUCUGCUUUGUCACAUUAAAUUACUUUUGUCUUCA